AAAAGCAGCAGAGAGUUUACAGACACAGAGAGAAAACGUGAAUGAAACACAUUUGGCUUCGAAAAAGACCAGUGGAUGGACGGAGAGCUGAAAAGAAACAAGAAACACAAGUGAAGUUGAGUGGAACAGAUUUGUUUUUUGCUCAACUGAUCUCACUUCCUGUAUCUGUGCUGUGUGUGACAACAUCUGACGACUGUUGCCAUGGGUGAAAUGGAGAAACUGCGAAAGGAGGCCGAGAGUCUGAAAGAUCAGAUCACUGCAGCUCGUAAAACAGUGCAGGACCUCACACUACAGGAUCAUACAUCUGGGACAUCUGUCGUGGGACGUGUCCAGCUGAAGAUCAGAAAGACAUUGAGGGGACACCUGGCCAAAAUCUAUGCCAUGCACUGGGGGGGCGACACAAAACUUUGUGUCAGUGCGUCUCAAGAUGGCAAAUUGAUCGUAUGGGACACUUGCACUACCAAUAAGGUGCAUGCCAUCCCACUGAAGUCCUCAUGGGUGAUGACCUGUGCAUACGCACCUUCAGGAAACAUGGUUGCUUGUGGAGGACUUGACAACAUGUGCUCCAUCUAUAAUCUGAAGGGCAAAGAUGGCAGCGUUAAGGUCAUGCGUGAGCUUGCGGGACACAAUGGUUAUCUGUCCAGCUGCCGUUUCAUAAGUGACAGUGAAAUCAUCACCAGUUCUGGAGACUGCACCUGCUGUAUGUGGGACAUUGAGACAGGAACACAGAAGACCAUCUUUGCCGGUCACCUGGGAGACUGUAUGUCUCUGGGUAUGGCCCCUGACUUUAAUACCUUCAUCUCAGGAGCCUGUGACUUCACGGCUAAACUGUGGGACAUCCGUGACGGCCAAUGCAGACAGACUUUCGCAGGUCAUGAGAGUGACAUCAAUGCCAUUGGGUUUUUCCCCAAUGGUAAUGCAGUUAUCACUGGCUCAGAUGAUGCUUCCCUCAAGCUGUUCGACCUGCGUGCAGACCAGGAGCUCAUGACCUUCCAGGACUCAAGCAUCAUGUGUGGAGUAACCUCUCUUGCUCCAUCCUUUUCUGGAAGACUCCUUCUUGCUGGGUACGACGACUUCAACUGCAACGUCUGGGACACGCUUAAGGCCGAGAGAGUGGGAUCAUUGGCUGGUCAUGACAACAGAGUGAGCUGUAUGGGAGUAACAGGUGAUGGGAUGGCUUGCUGCACAGGAUCAUGGGAUAGCUUUUUGAAGAUCUGGAACUAAGGCGUCAUCUCUGAGACAUUCAAUAUUAGAAGAAUAUAUCAAUGACAGGGUAAAAUGUAAAGGUGACAAUUUAAACAGGACUAUUGCAGAUAGUUAUAAGUAAGGGAGUGUGUUUGUUGUGCCAAAACACAACAAGAAGGGUUGAGAGAAUGAAGAGAUGGGCUGACUCAUAGAAAAAUCAAAUAAUAAUACACAUUUAUUUUCAGGGACAGCUAUUGCAAAAGUGGGUAUUUAUAAGACAGUUACCCAUCUGGGGAUUUCUGAUGUAAUCUAUGGACAGGGUCAUUAUUAACACGAGUGUGUUAGAACACAUUAUCAAUAUAGCAUAUGAAUUAAGACUUUCAACAUUAGCGGAGUCAAGCUUACUGAUAUCUACAUAACAAAUCCUAUGCUAUCAAACCUGUAUGACAGAGGUUGCCAAAAUAGUUGCGCAAGAUCUCUGAUUAUACAAUUAUUUAAAUCUACACAGGAAAACAUUUUCACUUUUAUACAGUGUGGUUUACACACUAUAAAUAGAUCAAAAAAGAGUUUAGUGAGAUUGAAGCUUUUGAUGAAUUUAGUGUUAGUUUUUUGAUAGCGCAUAAAUAGUAUCACCAUUUUUCUUUUCUGUUC